AGAAAAGAUGAGUUGAAAAGGGAGAAGAUGACAUACAUAGUUUUGGUUUGAGAGAGAUACCAUAUUUUAAGGGUUGAUUCAACAUAAGGUGGAGAUGGCGAUGAUGAGGGGCAAAAGGGGAGUGAUGGCAACAAUGCUUUUAUUGUUGGCACUAAUGACGUUGGAGGUGUGCAGAGGGUGGGAUUUUAGUGCGAGUCAGUUUUGGGACAAGACAAAGGAGACAAUGCAGCAAGCAGCGGGACAGGGGAAGGGAGCUGCCGAGGACACGAAGGAGAAGAUAUCAACUGACAAGAAAAUGGAGCUAGUGUCGGACAAAGGACACGAUGCAAUGCAGAAAAUUGGAGAAGUAGCCGGUGACAAGGGCCAAGAUUACUCAGAUUUGUUCGCGAAUAGUAUCCAAACAUCUCAACAGAGGGUAGAGAUGGCAACGGGUGGCACGGUCCAAAAUGCCAAAGAUAUGUUGGGAAAUGCCAAGGAAAAUGCCCAAUAUGCUCAACAAAAGGUGUCGGAGGUAGCGGGUGACAAGGCCCAAAAUGUCAAGGAAAUAUUGGGUAAUGCCAAAGAGAAGGCCCAAGACACAAAGGAAAAGGUAUCCCAGGCUGCUGGUGACAAGGCACAAGACGCCAAGGACAAGGUGUCCCAGGCCGCUGCUGAUGUAGGCGCUCAUGCGAGGAAUGAAAAGGCCACUGCCGAUGAGCUUUAAUUUAAUUAGUGAAAUAGCUUGUAAUUUGAGUAUUAUUAUUAUUAUUAUUAUUAUCAUAAGCAAAAGAAAAUGGAAUAGGUUAUAUAUUUCAUCGACAUUCUAAUUUAUUUUUUCAUAUAUAUAUAUGUGUGUAUGUCGUACAAUGGUGUCGUCCUGUUGUGAGAUGUAUUAUUUUUUGUGGCAUAUGAGUAUGAG